CCUAUCUACUGUAAUUGCACUGCUGCAUUUCUCCACCAAUAAAAACGCUCGUUUGAUUUAGACAACAAUAGACAUGUUUAGAGAUAAUUAAAUAUGCAAGAACGCCAUAUACAUUAUUACUUUAAUAUAUGUCUGAUUCAGGUCUGAUUUUAACCUUUCAACUCAUCAAAAGCUCAGCGUUUGUUGUCCUUAUAUUUUCUGUGAAACAAAUGCAGAUUUAUUUGUGGUGUUGUGGAGAAUCCUUUCGUUGAAUGUGUUGUACAUUUGUUGAAAAGAUCAGGUGAAAUCGUGUGAUUUUGUACGUUGGGCCAAAUAGACAGUUCAUAUACGUGUAACUCAAAGCUCGAGGUAAAGUCUAUAUUGUGUCUUCAAACAGACAACUUUAAUUCCAGUGAUGAAUGCAAAGAAGACCAGCAUUCCUGUGACCCCGAUGAAAAGUAAUUUUCUUCCAGUUCCUAGUAUUCAGUUGGUGAUUGUGUGUGUUUCACUUGCUGUUGCUUUAACAAUGGCAGCCUUGAUUAUUUUUGUUGAUGUUGCUUCCCCAUCUCUCGCUGAUAUCUUUCUGUCUCCAAAGUAUUUUCCCCUGGGACAAGGUCUGCAAUUACGAAGCCGUCGUUGGACAAAAUCAAAGUUUGAGUGUGAUAAACAUUGCGCGUCAAACGAUGAUAACUUUCGACGAUUUGGAGGCGUACAGUGUGGCCGAGCAGUGUGGAAAAGUAAAGAACAUCACGGCGAAGGCGAUAGAUAUGUUAGCCGUAUCGAUACCUUAUACAAACUGUUUGAAAAUUCAUCAGCGGCUGUGGGAUAUUUUACAAAUUAUUGGACAGGUAGACUCGACGAUUCUCAAGCUUUGCCGCUAGACCAUUAUUUUGAUGAAACCCAAAUCUCUCCUCAAGCUGGAGGGAAUUAUCGAGCGUAUCGUUGGGAGCCGGUUGCAGUAUCUGGAGAAACUGAGCAUUCAAAACAAGCAAGACAUAUACACUAUAUAUUUGUGUAAGUCUUAUUUACUAUUGUAUUAAAAACUGAUCCAACGGCACUGUUUUUAAUACAAUACAGUUACUAUACAUGUUUAAUUUUGUAGGAAACCUUCUAUAUUAAGGUAGACUGCUCACUGCUGGGGUGACCAAUGAUUUUUAUCACUAUUAAUUCAUGAACAACGAUGGGGAAUGAAAAUUAUUAAUGUUAUUUUAUAAACCUGUUAUUGGUGGAUAUUAUACAUGACAAAAGAAACCCUGUUUUACUGUAAUAAAUUGAUUAAGGUUUGACCUGCCAAAAUUGUUUUAGAAUUUUAUAGAUCAAUUCUAAUAUCUAUUCAUGCAUGCAGAUAAGAUAUGGAAGCAGGUGGUGUUCAAUCAUUUUAAUCUUAAGCAGGGGCGUGGUAGCAAAUUAAUGGGUGAUGCAACAUGUUAAAGGCACCUGUAAGGAAUGGGGCGAGGGGGCAUAAACAGUCAUGGCCUUGCCCUUAUGAAAAAAGUUUGAAAAAUAGCUGAUGGACAUGCUGACAGAAGCAUCCCCAUGAGGGGGCGGUGGCUACACCUCAGUCAGCAUGUCCAUGAGUGAGGAGUGUUUGACUCAAAUUUUAAUAUAGAAAUUAAAAAAAUCCAGUUCGCCUUCAUUUUUGGUAAAAGUAUAAUACAAUCACCUAUUAUUUUUUACAUGGCCUAAUAGUAAGAAUUUAAAACAUUAGAGAUUUAAGUUAUUUGUAGGAUUGCAUGGCGAUAAAACAUAUAAUGUUUUGUGGAAACACCACGUAAAUGUAUUACUGCAAACAUAUAAUACUUUUGUUUGUGGGAACACCAUGUAAAUUUAUUACUGCAAUAAACAGUAAUUAAUUUACGUGGUUUUUUAGCAGAAAGUUCUGUACUGUAAUGUGUAGUCAGUUUGUAUAGUUUGCGAGACGUUUUAUAUAAUCAGUCAUUCCAAGCUUUUGUCAAACUAUAUCGGUAUUUCUCACUUAUGGCAUUUCAUUGAUAAACUGUAAAAUAUUUUACUAGUGUGAAAUAUUUAGUUGUCCAUAGUUUGUAUAGGAUUGCAUAUUAACUAUUAAGACAGCAACCCUGACAGCAACUUCUGGAGCAUGUGGCCAGCACACAGUCGACAUGAACCCAUCCUGUUUUCUCAUUGGCUUUCUAAAUUUGGAAAUGAUUUUGAAUGUCACUAUGUCAGGUGACAACAAUUUCUUGCAAGCUGUUCAAUGUUCAUUUUUGUUUCAUUUCAAUUUUUGAAGGCGGUUUAUUUUGUACAACGGAAAAAUGGGUAGAAAAUACAAAUUAUUGGACAACCCUUGACUCGCCAGGGUGUGUUAUGUCAACGCAGAAGGCAAGGAGAUAGUCCACAAGUUAUUGUGGGCUAUCUCCUAGGAAAAAUAGGAAAAUUACUUGGUUAAGUACUGUCGUCGCUUGUAAUAUAUUAAAACAAACGCCAGACAACUUCCUUAUAGAUACAUCAAUUCCUUAAUGAAAAGUAACGUUCUGACAUCUUAACAAACAAUAGCAGUUUAUGAUUCCUCAAGACUUGACCUCGAUGAAACAACUAGUAGAAACUAUAAAUAAAUAUAUUAUGCUGUGCGAAUUAUUGAACACCCAGGAAAUUGUGUGUAUUUGUCUAAUAAAAUAAUACACUUUGGCUAAUUUAAAGAACACUUUCCAGCAUUAGUAACCUUUAACAGUAUGCCAUGCAGGGCCGUUGAGAGGGGGGGGGGGGAUGGGGGCUAAUUGCCCCAGGCCCCCACCUUAAUAGGGCCCAAACUUGAGAGUGAGAGCCUGAUAUUGAGUAGGUUCUUUAAAUUGGUCAGAGCAUUUUUGAAAUUGAAGGCCCCUUACAGUAGCUCCACAUGCAGUCUAGCUAAAGUCUAUUUGGGUGACUGACUUGGGUCUAGCUUAAAAAUAAUGAUGUCAUGGGGUCCCCCAGAGAAGAUUUGCCCCGGGCUCCGCUAAUUCUCUCGGAGGCCCUGAUAUUGCUAUGGAGCUAUUUCAUACAUUAUGCGAAUCAAAAUAAAUCUUUAUCAUUUGUCAUGUCAACUUUGCACUAUCCUUGGGAUCUCUGAGUUAUGCCUGAGGACAAAAUUUUGUGGUUGGUUUAUUGAGAUUAGUAAUAAUAAUAUAACAAAAUCUCUUUAGUAACUCAUCAAAUUUCCAGUUCACCAUAGUCUGCCAUUGAAUCACUAGUGCUUGGUGAAACUAGUCCAUACGUAAUUUUAAGAAUUUUUUAUCACUGCACAUUUUUGUGCAAAGUUUAGCCGAACAGAAGCACACCUUGAAAAUUUCUGAACACACCCUUAUAAUGUGUAACAACAAAACAGGCUAGAAUUAAUAUUCAAAAAUGCCAAAACGAACAUACACUGCACAGCACCCAGGGAAAUUUGAGGGCCCACGACAAACAUUGACUUGGGGGCCCUUGUGAUUCCAUCUUCUAACACUAUCCCCCAGAAAAAUUGUGAAAUCUGAAGUCCCAGAAAUGACCAAAUCCUGCGUUCUGGAAGUCUAGUUGACAGUUAUAUCUAUUUAGAUUUCACUAUAAUUCUUUAUUUUGGCCCGCCUGUAACUGGGGUCCCAGGGCAAAUUGCACCCCUCUGGGCGGCAUUGACACCUGCAGUUAUGGCUAUCUAUGACAGCAUAGUUUCAUAAACACUUAAAGGAUUAGUGUCAGGGUCAUGCAUUGCGGGCUUUUGUUAUUGUUUACAUGUUACUCAAAUACAACAAAUAGCGAUAAAAAUACCUUGUUUGGUACAUUUCUGAUAAAAAUAACACAAAAAGAGCAAGGAUUGUAAAAGAAUGGUUUAUAUAUGACGGAUUGUAAAAUCACCGAAUCUACGAAAAAUGGCCGCCAGCAAGAGUUUGAGCCUGCAAAUUCCUGGUGUGACACUAAUCCUUUAAAGAAAAUAAAUAUUUUCAUCUUGGCAAAUGAAAGGCAGCUUAGGCGUGACAAACCUCGAUCUAGAGGAGUUCCAGUGGCAUGCACCCACAGAAAAUUUUGUAAUGUAGGCACUAGUGAUAAAAGGGCAUCUCCUGCAAUGUACUGGAACAUUCUAUAGAUUUUUGAAGUUUAUGCAUUAAUCACAAAAUCUUAAGUAUGAAGUAUCAUUCACUCCAUCUUUCAAACUCAUAAAGAGAUCUUUGGUGAGAGACUUUGUUCAUCUGAUGAACCUUAAGUAUAUUAUUAGUGCGGACGUAAUAAUUUGGCAGACAUCAUUUCAAUUUCAUUCAAAUUAUUCUCAUUCAAAAUGUUUUGAUUAGUCCAGUUUUUCUGCUCAUUGCCUCAUUUUCUUGUGUUAUAAUUAACAACUUAUCACAGAAAAUUUUAUCACUGCACAUUUUACAUUUUAUCACUGCACAUUUUACUUUUAUCACUGCACAAAUUGGUUAUCACUGCACACUAAAAUUAGGUAUGAUUACUAGUCUAUACAAAUAAACAAAUUAGUUCAAAGAAAGUGUUGUAAAAAUUACCAAAGAAAAGUAAUGAGUAAAACUUACAAUUACUUCUUUGAAAAGGUUAAGGUAUUACAAACUACAUGUUACUUUCAUUAAUUCGAAAGUAAUUAAUUACCAAUUACUUGUUACAAAGUAAUUGUGUACAAAUUACUUGUCAAAUUACUUUUUAUCAUGGCAUGCUAAUAAUUAAGACUGAAUUGCUACAAUAUCAAAAUGUACUUAAGCAACAUACACGAACAAGUUGUAUAAUCAUCCUGCAUGUAUAUCGAGCAUAAGGUCUAUGCAGUUCCAUUACUAGUUAACCCUCAACAAAGACACUUCCUUCUUAAAUUUCCAGCAUUGUGGAGGUUGGAAAAUAUUCAUAGCAGUAAAUAUGCAAAAUCACUUUCUGCAAAAUGAUACUUGUUACCUUUAAAAGGAAUUAUGUAACAAAAUUACUUUACAGAAAGUAAUUAAUUUAUUUAAUUACUUUAAAAUUUCUCAAAAAGUACGUAAUUUAUAGUAACAUGUUACAUUUAAUUAGUAAUGAGUAUUUACACUGUCAUUGGUUAAAAGCUGCAAUGAACCUAAGUGACAGCCUCAAUUUUAUUGUUUUACUCUGCCAUAUACCACACUAUUUACUUGACAAGAAGAGACCUUUGAACAGUGAUGGGUUAAGGUUUGAAGGCAUGUUCAAUAACAUGCCUUUGUUGAUUGGAAUAUAGGAAUUAAAUUUUAUUUAUCUUUCUUUUUUAGACAAGGUCGUGUUUUUGCUCGUCUUCUUGUACAAGGAUUUAACAACAGCCAUGAUCAAAGGUUGGCGGUAGAUUUUGCAGGAAGGUAUGUGCAGCGCAUUGUAAUAAAAAAGAUGGUUGUACAUUCAACCCAGUUUUUGUCACACAACUAACUUACUAGUAUGUUUAAGAGCAAUUUCUUUCAAUGUCGCAUUGAAAAGUGUUCAAAACCUAAUUUGGCCAUUACCUAAAAAUGUGGCUAUUGUGCGAUGUUAACAUUUGCUACCAGACGAUGGCUCUGAUAAUAGUGUUGUAUUAAUUCUGACAGGUUGGCUGGUACAAUGGCUGGUCUCAUUGAAAAACACGAACCUUCAUCAGUUAGGAAAUUUUUGUUGUCUGUUCAACGUGGUAUUCGUUAUGUGAUCAGGUCUACACCUGGGAUUUUUGUGCAGAAGUGUAAGUAAUGUCUUAUGUUCUCAUCAGGGGCAAGGCCUCAAUUUGAAUGAUGCCGUAAUUUUGCGUUAUCAAGCGAUAAACUUAUCUAUGUCUGACUCGAUCUAAAAGGACUAAGUAAACCUGUUCUAGCAUCUCGAAAGGGUUUAUACUUCACACACUUUUAAUGGAACUGCACUUUUCGUACUGCUUUUUCUAUUUAACCCCCAAGGCUAUAACCCUUAUAUCAACCCUAACGCUAAUCUUUACCCUAAUUAAACUAACAUUAAUUAAAUCUAUAAAUUCACUGCAGGGUGUAUAAAAAAGGUAAUCCUGGCAUGUUAUGUUAUUGUGCAUUAAUACGUAUAGGUUUUCGUUCUCGUAUUUAUAUUAAAGAUCAGGCUUUUAAUUAGCUCUCAAAUGUCACCUUUAUCGAGUGAUUGCAAUAAAAAAAUUACCAAUUAACCGAUCUAAUUUAAAGUGAUCGGUUCAAUUCGCAUUUUGGGAUUUAAAUGUUCUUCCAAUUUUCGAAUAUGUGCCCAAAUGUUUCUUUGAAUAUUUCUCUUUAAUUUUGAAUAUUUUUCUUCCAAUUGCCCAUUUGGGAAACGUGUUCCAGUAUGUCCAGUCUGCAAGCUUCCAGUGUUGUAAAAUGUUUUUUGCCACUCACUUUCAAUGUAAAAUUGCGAGUAAAAGUUUAUCAAAACUUGAUCCUUACACAUGACUUGUGCCAUAUUGACUCAAGGGACUUCAAUUUGAAUCCCAAAUGAGAAUAAUUUCAAUACUCAGACAAUAGCUUUACAUGCAAUUCCCAACGGUGGAAAAAUGCGAUUAGAAAGGUAGCAUUCAACAGCCAAAAGCCUGAUCUUUAUUGGUAUGAAAAAAGUAAAUUUAUAAACGUAAUAUACUGUACAGGGUGUAUAAAAAAAAGGUGGAGACCUUUAGAAAUCAAGCAUAUUGUUAAAAUUUGAAUGCCUUUUCAAUUGCACAUAUGCUGAACCGUAGUUCGUGAAAUAUUGAUGGGGUGCAUACAGGGUGUAUAAAAAGAAAGGAGACCUUUAGAAAUCAAGCAUAUUGUUAAAAUUUGAAUGCCUUUGCAAUUGCACAUAUGCUGAACCGUAGUUCGUGAAAUAUUGAUGGGGUGCAUACAGGGUGUAUAAAAAAAAAGGAGACCUUUAGAAAUCAAGCAUAUUGUUAAAAUUUGAAUGCCUUUGCAAUUGCACAUAUGCUGAACCGUAGUUCGUGAAAUAUUGAUGGGGUGCAUACAGGGUGUAUAAAAAAAAGGAGACCUUUAGAAAUCAAGCAUAUUGUUAAAAUUUGAAUGCCUUUGCAAUUGCACAUAUGCUGAACCGUAGUUCGUGAAAUAUUGAUGGGGUGCAUACAGGGUGUAUGUAUUAUUAAAAUAUAGUGCAUAUAUUAGAAAUAUUGAAAUAUAGUGCAUAUAUUAGAAAAAGGAGACCUUUAGAAAUCAACCAUUGUUCUAAUUUGAAUCCUCGAGCACUUUGCUAAGCCCAUGAGUGCGUAACAUGCGAUCUACGUACAGUAUGUAUGGCAGAUUGUUCCCAGGAGCAGACAGUCUUUUGUUUAAACGUUAUUUCAAUUUGAAAAAAGGUCUCCUUUUUCUAAUAUAUGCACCUCAUCAAUAUUUCACGCACUACGGUUCAGCAUAGGUGCAAUUGAAAAGGCAUUCAAAUUUUAACAAUAUGGUUGAUUUCUAAAGGUCUCCUUUUUUUUUAUACACCCUGUACAGGGUGUCUCAAAAAACCCCAAAAUCAUUGAAAUAACGUAUUGUUCGAAUUUCAAUGCCGUAACACAAAGGAUUUUGACAGGGUGAUUAAUUUGUUUUAAAAAAUUAAAAUAUCUUUGUAAAGUGAACGUUUGUUUGCUCAUGGGAAUUUAAAAAUGCUUCGUAAAUUGUAAUAUGCGUAAUAUGCAUUCGUGGGUUUAGUACUUUAUGCCUGACAUAACAAGUUUACGCUAAGUAUUACCAUUCAUUAUAGCAGUUAUGUCAAUCUUUUAUGCACUCGUGGGAUUAACUUAGUGCUAGGGCAUUGAAUAUCGAACAAUACGUCAAUUUCAAUGAUUUUGUUUUUUUUUGAGACACCCUGUAUAUUAGAAAGAGGAGACCUUUAGAAAUUGAAAUAACGUUUAAACAAAAGAUUGUCUGCUCCUGGGAACAAUCUGCCAUGCAUACUGUACGUAGAUCGCAUGUUACGCACUCGUGGGCUUAGCAAAGUGCUCCAGGAUUCAAAUUAUAACAAUGGUUGAUUUCUAAAGGUCUCCUUUUUCUAAUAUAUGCACUCCAUCAAUAUUUCACGCACCACGGUUCAGCAUAUGUGCAAUUGAAAAGGCAUUCAAACUUUAACAAUAUGCUUGAUUUCUAAAGGUCUCCUUUUUUUAUACACCCUGUACAGUACAGGGUGUAUAAAAAAAACGCAACCUCAGAAUUUCCUAAGAAAUCCAAGAUUUUAGGCCCCUGGGAAUUGCUAAUAGAUCAUAUUACUGUUGUUGUACUGUACUUGUAAAAUAAAAACUUAUUAAGUGUCAUUAAAUAAAUGCAUAAAUUUUGCUUUAUGCACUCGGGUGUAGAUAAAAGGCGGACGGACGGCGGCACUCACGUGUGCAGUAAUUUUGACAGUUGUGCUAUUUUAAAUUCCCAGGCACCUAAAAUCUUUUGUCCUUAAGGAGGCUCCCUACAGUUGCAUGCGGGAUGUUCGCGGGACCAGUACGUGAACUAUCCCACGCAACCGCAUGAUCAAAACAAAACAAAUUAUUUUUUUUUAAAAAAAGCUAUUUCUGAAAGGUUUCUAAUGGGAAAAAGCGUUGAAUAAUACUUCGUUUUGAGUGCCAAAUUACUUGCGAGUCUAUACAGCAAUUCUACAUAUGAUACGAAUACCACUAGACCAAAAAUAGCUACGAAACAAUGUUUUUUAAUGUUUUUAAAAUAUACAUUGUCAACUGUAAAACAUUUGCAAAAUUGCAUACAAACGUUUAAAAAGUUGUUCACUUCUCAAGAAAACGUUCACGUUUUUAGUCGUGUUUCUACAAGAUUAAAGUGAUUAUAUGUAAACAGAAAAAUAUUUCAGUUUCAUAGCCUAAUUGUUCAUUUUUAGCAAAAAGUACAAAACCAAACAUGAAACAAAAACACGUCCACCUGUUAAUAGGCUGUUACAGCUCAUAGAUUGAGUAAACGGCAGGAUUCAAUUAGCUUCAACCUUGUUUUCAUCGAUUUAAUCCUUCAAAAUAAUCCUUGGCUGUCCGUAGCACUCAAAUAAAUCGAAAAGUUGACAAAAACAAAACAGUAAAAACAACAUUGCGGCUCGAUUUUGCUGAAUGAAAACUCGUUCUGCGCCCGCGUACAAUCUUUUACUAGUCAGCGACGCUUUUCAAUAGGGGAAUUUCUCGAGUUACACGAGGCUAUUUUUUAACUUUAUUUGCAUUUUACUCAUUAGUUUCAUCGGUGACCUAUCUUCAAAUUUUGACCACGAAUUUAUUUUGCGGUAAAUUUUAUAAAUUUCAAAUUUUAAAAAAAUCUGUAGUGUGGAAAUUUCGCAAUAAAUUUUUCGCUUUUAAAAAAAUCACACACUACAGAAUUUUUUAAAACUUUCACCACAGUUGCAGAGCAUCAUUCCUUAUUGAUAUAUGAAAUAAAAAAGAUAGGUCACCGACAUCGUUUUUGAGAUAGCGGCACAUUUAUGGGUUAAAUUGGAAGGCUUUAUGCUGUCGUCAUGUUGCCAUGGGAACAUUGACAUCGUCGGAAUCUAGUUCGAAAUAUUCCUUAGGUGACCAAUAUUACCACCAAGUCGAAAAGAAUUCGCGUUCUGCACAAAUAAGCCUGUUUUACGGAAUUAUUGCUUAAACAAGAAUAACUGUAGGGAGCCACCUUAAAACAAUGUCGAUUUCUUGGGAAAUUCUGAGGUUGUGUUGAAAUUUUAAUGGAGAAAUCGAACUCCCACUAUAAAGUGGGUUUAAUAUUUAUUUACCCUGAUAAUUUAUAUUUUGCAGUGUCUACAGCUCUACAGUUAUUGUCGUGUUGUUGCUCCAGUGUUCUCAAUAGUACAUGGUCGUCUUGGCACAGAUGGUUUCUUUCACAGUUGAAGUCUCUAUGGAGACAUGUUACAGGUACUAAUAGGUCUUGACACAACUGUUUAAAUUAGGGGUGGACCAUUAGAUAUCCUGGGAGGGGGCUUGAUGGGUGGGCAGAUCCCCAAAAAAUCAUGCAAAGAGUGGAACUUGAAAAACGUUCACGUAAUAAAUUAUGGAAAGCAGCCAUACAGGCUGAAUUACGUAGAUUUUUACAAGUUAGAGUUCUAAAUGGCAUUAGAUGAGUAGACUUGCCACAAGUCAACCUCGAACGAAACGCGAGCAGCGAGCGCAAGCGACGAAGUCGCUUGCCACAAGUCGACCUCGAACGAAACGAAUUAAAUUGAUUAUAUGUAAGCUUUGCACAUAAAAUGAUAUAUUUUCAAGAGAAAAUAAUCGACUUAAUUAAAAAUGUACGACAUGAACGGUAUAAAAAGUGUUUCUGAAAUGACUGAUGCAAAUUUGAAAUACAACGCUUGUCAGUAGUACUGUUGAUACCUCUAGGAAGUUAGGAACUACCUAGUUAAACUAUCUGAAGUUCUACUGUGUUCAACAGGGUGUUAGCCUGAAGAAAAAAAGUUUAACGAAAUUGGGAAAUUCAGUUAGCCCGGGACAUUCAGAUCCGAGUUAACGAAUGUCACGUCUCCUAAGUGCCAUUCUAGUCUAAUGGGUCCGCAGCAUAGAUAUCUUAUAUACACUAGAUAGCGCAUCUCUUUUAGUAAAAUUGAAGCCAAGAAUAUUCCAGCGGUUACCCCCAUUUAAAUAGAUGGCGGCCAUGUUGGUCGUUCCCACUUGCUAAUAAACGCUUAAAAACAACAAUAACUUUCAUCAUUUGAAUAGUUUAAAAAUGUAUUUGGAAUAGGGUUAGCUUAAUGUUUAAGUUCCCUGUUUAAGAAAUAGAAAACAUACGAAUCUUCUCAUUUCAUGGGAACGACCUGAGACUGCAAUCACGGCUUCAAUUUUUGAAUUGCAGAAUAAUUAGAUGCACUAACUAGUGUAUAUAAGAUAUCUAUGGUCCGCAGUAAUUAACUAGCGCUGUUGCGGACUCCCUGUCUGAAAUUGUAAAAGCUAAUAAAUUAUCGUGGCCUAGUGCGAGGUGUUGAUUGGCUAAACUAAAUUGAAACCUUUUGAAGUGCAAGUCACCUGACAUUGUUUUGUGUACUAAGAACAGACAAAUACUCAGCAUAUUUUAGACCUGAUGACAUCCUCUAUAUGGAUAUUUGUUCAUAUGCCUACAAAUAAGACUAAUACAGUCAUGUGAUGAAAAGACAUCAUUUUCCAUUCUGAUAACUGCUGUUUCAUCACCAUCUGUUGUGGCCAGUGAAACCCACCAAUAAAUACCAUGUACAUGUAUCUGUUCAAUAAGUGGCGCAGUAAAUAUAAGUCCAUAUAAUUUACAGGUUCAUCAAUCAGGGAUCUUCACUUUCUUGGAGUAGCUGUUGCAGUUCUUGUGGUGCAUAAAGUUCAAAUAUUGUUGUCUGUAAGUAGUAAUUUGUUCUCAUGCAUAAAUUCUCCUGUAUCGCACGCGAAGCUAUGUGAGAAGUGACACCACAGGUUUUAUUUGGACAAUCGGGUUUCGUCAUGUACUGGAGUAACACUAGACCAAAACGGGAUUGCCCUAACUGUGACACUAACGUAAAAUUGUCUCACAUAUAUGCUACAUUUACACUAUACCGGAUAGCUUUCCGUAGCGGCGCGAAAAACACCUGUCCGAUACGGAAUGUACAACUUUCAGAAGCUGAGCGAAACCAAACCUCUCCCAGUGAGCUCCAUAUAUAUCUGGAGUGGGAACUUGGUUGCUCAAAGUGAAGCCAGUUUCGUGUUAACCGCGCAUACAAAAACAAUAGAAAGGGACUGGAACUGACGUCCAAUAGCUCCUUCAAUUUCCGCCAUCUUGGCAAGGAGUGUGUUGAAAUUUCGUAUUUUGACUUCGAUUUAAAGAAUAAUAUUGUGAUUUUAUGAACUGAUAACUUGUUUAGUGAUACAGUCCAUUAGAGAAAACUGGAAUUAGCUGGGGAAAAUGGUAUAAAAACUGUUUACGACCUUCAGAGCUAUUGAAUGUCAAUGGCCGCCAUCUUGGCUUCACUUUUCUCUUUGACCGAAUGACUGAAGUUCUUACUCCAGAUAUAUAUAUAUAAGAGCUCACUGACCUCUCCUUUGCAAUAAUUCCUCUGAAAAUAGCGUUCCUAAAAGGUACGGAUAGGUGUUUUUCACGUCGCUACGGAAAGCUAUCCGGUAUUUACAACAAUUUCUUUAUCUUUGUCCACAGCAUUAUGGCGAGAUGAGCUUCAGCCACAUCAAGUGUCGAAGUAUGGUUACAACUGCUGUUGAAAAUAAUCGACGACAACAGUUGAUUGGCCAGGGUUUUGAUUCUGAAUUUUAAAUGAAAUGUAUUUCACGUUGUGCUGUUCAAUAACAAAUUGCUGUUAUUUAUGCUUAAUAAAGAAGACGCCUUUGGCUUUAUUCAUAGCCUGAGAAUACAGGUUACUUUAUGAAUGAGUAUUUGCUCUUUCGUGUUGUUUCUUUUUAUCAUUUUUGAAUUUCCCUCCUCGCUUUCGUUUUGUGGAAACAUGCACAAUGUUUAUUUCGUUGUCAAAGCUGUCGAUCUUAAGGUGGCUCAAUACAGUUUAAAAAAAAGUGGAAAAUUCACGCUUUAGAUCCGUAUUUUUGGACAAUUAUUACUUGUUUAAAAACAAAAAGUAUCUUUGAACCGAUGUAAAACAACAUCUAACGGAUUUGCUUUUUUAACAAAAAGUUACAGAACUGCCAUUGCUAUAUGGCAACAACGACGUUUCAACAACUUUUGAAACGUUGUUGCAUAACUGUUGUGAAACAUUUCGAAAACUCUUUAGAGUUUCGAUGUUGUUUUACAUCAGUAAGAUGUUUUUUGUUGUUCAACAAGUAAUACUUGUCCAAACGGAUCUAAAUCGCAAAUUUUCCAGUUUUAAAAAACUGUAUCGAGCCACCUUAAGUCUGGUUGAAUUAGUCGUAUACGAUUGUCAUUCUCUGGCGUACGAAUAUUACUGUCGACGCCACAAUUCUUGAUUAGUUAAUUGCGAAAUUUCCAUACGCGUGUUUGUUUAAGGCCCGUUUACACGGGCGAUUUUUGCUGCGAUUUUAGUUGCGAUUUUCUCCUUUUGGAGGAUAUGAAGGAGUAGAUUACUUAAUGACGUUGUUACGAAAUUUCAUAACCUGGAACAUUUAUAACUCAUCCACUCCUUCACAUCCAUCUGGUACAGAAAAUCGCAGUGUGUGCACGGGCCGUUAGCGAAUUGGCUAAACUGUAAAUCGCAUCCUAGACAGUUACUAUACAUAAUCGUUUUAAUUCGUCUUUAAAUUCCCUGCUAUGUUCAAUAAGAGCAGAAGCAGCGCUGAACCCUAGCUCAGUCUCCAUUACAGUUCAACAGGAGGCCAUAUCUUCAUGACCGCAUCAUGUUUGGAUUCCGGAAUCCAUUGUAGAUACGCCUUCAACAAAUAGUUUGUAUCUUUCUUCCACAUCGCAAGUAAACUAGCCUUGUCAUCAACACCACCGUCUACAAGUUCUCUCAACAGAAUUUCUGUUCGUGGCUGCAGCUUUGACCAGGUCUUAACCAUAGUUGAUGGUAGCGCCAAAAGAUUCUGACUAAAAGAGGCUAACUUUGACACAACGUGACCUUCCAAGAGAAAACGAGCAAACAACUUGUACCUAUCGGUACAUUUUGGAUGCUCUAACUCUUGUACAGGCAGACACCAAACUCGAGCUCCAAACGAAACAUUUAUGUGGCAUUUAACAAUUCCUUCAGUUUGGUCAAACCUCGGAGCGGGAUCUUUCAGAGGUUUGGAAAAGGAGCACUGCUGUGGAACUAACAGAGCAAACCAGUCUGGCUCAACGGCGGCGACACCU